AUGCCCACAGAGAAAGAAAGAACCGACUCGCCUGACAAGGAAUACAUUGCCUGGAUCGCUUGGGAGAUCGGCGCGAAAGAAAUAUACAACGAAAUGGUCAAUCACCUAGGCUCCAUGGGCUCCGGUGAUGGGAAAGGUAGCAUCCGGUGGCCAGAGACACCCGACCCUAUAGAGGAAUAUCUUGCCGAAGCGAGAAUUAUUGGCCUCAUCCGAACAAUGAUGACUGCAGAGUCCUUGACCACCAUUUGGGGAGAGCAAGGUUUCGAUGUUGCUCUUCUAUUCGAUCAGGAUGUAUCGAAACAUCCGGAUUAUUCAGGCAGUGCCACAGAAUUACGAAACACACUCUUGAGUGUGGAGGUCAAUUAUGAUGAGUUACAUGACCAUUGCAAUCCUUUUGAAGGAAUGAAGAGAAAGUUGGGAGACGAAUCUUACUUGGAACAUCUGGACCUUGUUUCAACGCAAGAGAAAUUGGACCAAUUUCAAGCGCGAGCUCAAAUAUCGGGAUGGAAGCCACAGUAG